UAACACCAUCUUUGCCUUGUUCACGUUCACAAUAAACGAGACGACAACAAGACGCGCACUAGACACCGCAGACAGCGGGAAGCUCGUGUCAUUGUGUGGAAAGGGAGGCGGACGGCUUCUGAAGGAACCGCGCAGGUAGCUGGCUACGUGCUGUAAACCUGGACGCACUUCUUCACUAUAAACGUCACCUACUUUCUGCUUGUCGACUACUGCAUCUGCUCUCUGUCUCCGAUCAGCUGAAGCUCUGCCAUGCCUGUGGCCUCCACCAGGACAGAACCUGCGCCCCAGGUGCUGGACGCGAUGAGUGACAGCACCACCAGCUCCACCAUUGCCAACGACCUGGACCUCAUCUACCUCAAAGGCAUCAUGGAGAGCCCUCUGGAGCAGGAGGAGAGCCUGAAGGAGCCGCGACUGUCACCGGUGAGGGAGAACAACGUGGAGCUCCUGCAGGAGAUCCUAAGAGACCUGGACCCGUUUACACAUCGCUCCGACACCGCCGCUGAGCUCGCCCGCAUACUCACACAGCCUCACUUCCAGUCUCUGCUGGAGACUCAUGAUUCAGUGGCCUCCCAGACCUGUGACAGCCCACCGCCCAGUCCGUGUGAUUUUGUGGAUCAUGAACCAGAAAACAGCCACACAAGCAACCCCCACCUGCCCCCUGACGCGGUCCGCAUGGUGGGCAUACGCAAAGUGGCCGGAGAGCAUCUGGGUGUGACGUUCAAGGUGGAGAGUGGGGAGCUGGUGAUAGCCCGCAUCCUCCACGGUGGGAUGAUAGACCAGCAGGGCCUGCUGCAUGUUGGAGACAUCAUCAAAGAAAUAAACGGGCGAGAGGUGGGCCAGGACCCCAGAGUGUUGCAGGAGGAGCUGCAGGCAGCCAGCGGCAUUGUGUUUCUGAAGAUUCUGCCCAGCUACCACGAGGCCAUUCCUCCAAGACAGGUGUACUUCAAGUGUCACUACGACUACGAUCCAGCCAAUGAUAACCUGAUUCCAUGUAAGCAGGCGGGACUGAGGUUUGAAACAGGAGACAUCCUGCAGAUAGUCAACCAGGACGAUGUCAACUGGUGGCAGGCCCGUCAUGUAGAGGGAGGGAAUACAGGGCUGAUUCCCAGUCAGCUCUUGGAGGAGAAAAGGAAAGCUUUUGUCAAGAGAGAUGUGGAGCUGGCACCUGCAGGAAAUCUUUGUUCUGGUAUUGGAGGGAGGAAGAAGAAGAAAAUGAUGUAUGUGACAACAAAAAAUGCAGAGUUUGACCGGCAUGAGAUUCUGCUGUAUGAAGAAGUGGCCAAAGUUCCUCCUUUUAAGAGGAAAACACUGAUUUUAAUUGGAGCCCAGGGUGUUGGCAGACGUAGACUUAAGACCAAGCUUCUACUGAGGGAUCCACAACUCUUCGGCACCACCAUCCCAUACACCUCCAGGAAGUCCAAAAAAGGUGAGCGUGAAAGUCGAAUGUACGCUUUCACAAGCCGCAGCAAGAUGGAGACCGACAUCAAGAAUGGACGUUAUCUGGAAUACGGAGAAUUUGAGGGCAACCUGUACGGAUUAAAGAUCGACUCCAUCCAUGAGGUGGUGGAGGCAGGACGCGUCUGCAUACUGGACGCCAACCCACAGUCUCUCAAAGUGCUGCGGACCUCUGAGUUCUUGCCGUACGUGGUCUUCCUUCAGUCUCCGGACUUUGAGGUCCUCAAGGCUAUGAAUUGCUCAGCUGUAGAGGCGGGGGUGGAAACCAAGACUCUGACGGACGAGGAGCUGCAGAGGACGUGCGACGAGAGCGCUAAAAUUCAGGCAGCUUACGGUCACUACUUUGACCUCAGUAUCAUCAACGAGAACCUCGACGAGACCUACCGCACAGUCAAAGCUGCACUGGAAACGGUUUCUAAAAAUCCCCAGUGGGUCCCCGUAAACUGGGUCUUCUAGAAAGAGGUUUUGGAGGCUGCAGGACGGAGUCUGCUUGAGAAAAAAAAGUGCUGAAAAUGACUUGUUCUCUAAAUAUAGAUUCUAGAUUUUCAUCAGUUCCCGCUGACAUCUAACCUCAGCAUCAGCUUAGAAUAGAUUAGACAUUCAUUAUUCAAUGACUCUUCUAGUUUUCAGUGCAGGAAACAUGAAAAGACAGAAGGAAGUAGAAGAAAAUCUAUACCUGGAUACAUGGAGAACUCCGUGUUUAUACGUAUCUACACACAGGGACCAAAAACAUUCCCAUUUUAAAUCCAUGUUCCAUUUGAGUAAAGGUCUGGUUCUAGGUCCAGAUGAUUCUCUAAGAAAUGAAUGUUAAUCAGUUCAGAUUCCUCUCAGUAAGACUGUGUGCGCAUGCAGGAGCAUGGACUCCAGACUUUUAUAUGUUUUUAAAUUCCUGUGCCAUUACUGAUGAUCCACAGCAGACUGUCAGUGUUUACGUCGCGGUCACAUUUAAACGUCUGAAAUCUGCCCAUUUCUUUCUAACACAGUCAAAACAUAAACAUUUCUCAUUAUUACUUCAUUUUUUACAGCUAACAUCUCAGCUCCAGCUUAAAAACAGAUGUAUAAAGGUGAAUCCAGCAGAUUCAAGCCCAAUGUCUCUUGUUUACUUGUGAAUUAGUAUGUGGCAAAUGAGGCAUGACGGGGGCCGUCGACGACAAGCAAACCUCACCUUUUAUUUGUUCCCUGGGACAUUUUUAAAUGUAGUCCAGCAAUCCAGUUGUGUUCUUUUUCCAGCGUAGUCAUACACACACACACAUACAUAACAAACAAGAGACAUAGACAAGGGAACGCCUAAUCCUGAACCAUGUUGGAGAGUCCUGUGAAGAACCGCAUGUAUUCAAACAUCUAUCACAUUUGACAGAUUUAACUCCUGAAAACCACAAAACAUUCUUAGAAACAAACUGCUAGUUAGGGAUAGAAAUCACAAGUUUGAUCAGGAUCUGAUAUUACAGCCCCAGUUUAAACAUUGGAUAAAAUGUAGAUAAGAACAGAAUAAAAUAACUUACAAAUCUCGUCAACCCAUAUUUUAUUCCCAGUAGAACGUAAACAACAUAUCUAAUGUUGAAAGUGAGACAUUUUACCAUUUCAUGGAAAAUAUGAGCUCAUUUUGAAGCUGAUGACAGCAACACAUCUGUAAAGAGUUAGAACAGGGGCAACAAAAGGCUGGAAAAGUAACAACUGGAAGAGCAUUUCACAACUAAUUGGAUUAAUUGGCAACAGGUCAGUAACAUGACUGGGUAUAAAAGGAGGACUUCAGAGAGGCAGAGUCUCUCAGAUGGAAAGAUGGACGGACGUUCAAGACAAACUAGGUCUAAAAAUUGUGGAACAAUUAUAGAAAAAUGUUCUUUAGACUUCGAAGAUCCCACCACCACCAUGUGUAACAUCAUCAAAAGCUUACAAGAAUCAGGAGGAAUCUCUGUGCGCAUGGGACAAGACUGAAGGUCAGACUGGAUGCUGGUGAUCCUGGGGUCCUCAGGCAGCCCUGCAUUAAAAACAGACACAAUUCUCUGCUGGAAAUGACUGCAAGGACUCAGGAGCACUAACAGAAAUCACUGUGUUGCUGCCAUCAAAUUAAAGAGCUAAUAUUUUCCGUUUAUUUACAUAUUUACACAACUUUUUUAGAAUUGUGGUUUUAUAUAAAUUCAGCUAAAAACAACUGUUUUCUGACAUCCCCAAUUCAAACACAAAUUUAAUUGAGGAUUCAGCAAUCCAAUUCGUUACUAAUAACUAAUGAGGGUUUGAUUCAUAUUUUAAGUUUGGAUUGAUGCUCUUGACUCGAUCAUUACAUCUAUGAUUCAGUCAUGGCUAAGUCUUCUGUUAAUGACCAUUGA